AAACAAGAACGCUGAGGGAGCUCACGGCUCCGAAUCUAAAUCAACAACCCUUAUGUAUCACUUUUCCAACUCUUGAUACGGGGGUCACAUUCGAGCUAAAAUCUGGGCUCAUUCAUCUACUUCCCUCUUUCCAUGGCCUACGAGGGGAAGAUCCAAAUAAACACUUGUCGGAAUUCCAUAUUGUGUGCACAAGCAUGUGCCCCAAUGGCGUGUCCGAGGAGCAAAUCAAGUUGAGAGCCUUCCCAUUCUCCCUCAAAGACCCCGCCAAAGAUUGGCUAUUCUAUCUUCCCUCGGGGAGCAUCAAUACAUGGGCUCAAAUGAAAAAGAGCUUCCUUGACAGGUACUAUCCCGCAUCUAUCUCUUCAAGUCUCAAGAAGCAAAUCAGCAACAUUGAGCAAGCGGAUAAUGAGACAUUAUAUGAAUAUUGGGAGCGCUUAAAAAAAUUAUGUGCUAGUUGCCCAUAUCAUGGGUAUUCAGAACAAGAUCUCAUCCUCUACUUCUACGAUGGACUUGUUGAUCAAGAUAGACGCAUGGUGAAUGCGGCAUGCGGAGGGGGUAUUGUUAACAAAACCCCUUCUCAAGCAAGAGACCUCAUUUCGGAGUUGGCCGAAAACUCGAGACAUUACAACGGAAGGACAUCAUCGAAACGAGUCAUGGCAGCGGAAUCUAACAACUCGUUGGAGAGUCAAGUAGCCGGCUUGACUUCUUUGUUUAAAGAUUUCCUUUUAAAUCCAAAAACCCAAGAAGUCAAGGUCUGCGACAUCUGUUCAACGCAAGGGCAUCCCUCAGAUUCUUGUCCAAUGCUACAAGAAGAGAACUCCGAGCAAGUCAAUGCUUUGGGGUUGCAAGGUCAAAGGAGGUACGAUCCUCAAGGCAAUACUUACAACCUGGGAUGGAGGGAUCAUCCGAAUUUAAGGUACGGAAAUUCUCAAACAAACUCUCCUCCCCAACAAUAUAAACCACAAGGCCAAACAUCGAACUCGAAUAUGUCCACCGAAGACAUGAUUCGAGCGUUGGCCGUUAAUAUGGGAACAAUGAAGCAAAGCAUGGGGCAAUUCCAACAAACCAUGAUGCAAUUCCAACAUGAAACCAAGUCGAGCAUUCAAAAUUUGGAAACUCAAGUUAGCCAAAUUUCAAGUGUCGUAAGUCGACUUGAAGCAAAAGAUUCGGGUAGGCUCCCCUCCCAAACUGAGCAAAACCCAAGACAACAUGUCAAUGCAAUCAUGUUGAGGAACGGUAAAGAAUUGCACCCACGGAAAGUUGAGGAGGAGAAGCAAGAGGUUGAUCUUGAAGAAGGCUUUCAACAGGAAGAGGAGAAGCCAACGAAGACUAAAUUCCCUCCACAGUCAUCAUAUGAACCACUCCCUCCAUUCCCUGAGGCAUUGAAAGACACGAGGAAGCUGAAGAAUGAUCGGGACAUCUACGAAACAUUCGUCAAUUCUGAGGUAAACAUCCCACUCUUCAAACUGAUCAAAAGUGUUCCCCGUUAUGCAAAGUUCUUAAAGGAACUAUGCACAAUGAAAAAGAAAAAUAAAAUGGAAGGGAAACAAAAGGUUGAAGUUAGUGAACGUGUCUCGGCCAUUUUUAAAAAGAAACUCCCUGAGAAAUGUAGCGAUCCAGGCAUGUUCACUAUUCCUUGCAAAAUAGGGGAUACCUUAUUUUCUAAGGUCUUGUUGGAUUUAGGAGCAUCAAUAAAUGUCAUUCCUUAUUCCUUAUAUAAAUCCUUACAACUCGGCCCACUACAUCAAACUGGUGUAGUGAUUCAACUAGAGGAUCGGUCUAAUACUUACCCGGAGGAUGUAGUAGAAGAUGUGCUAGUAGAAGUAGAAAAUUUGAUUUUCCCUGUUGAUUUUUAUGUUCUGGAAAUGGGAGAUGAUAACCAAACCACGCCCAUUCUUUUGGGAAGACCCUUCUUAAAAACCGCUAAAACAAAAAUUGAUGUGUCUAGUGGUUCAUUAACAAUAGAAUUUGAUGAUCAAAAAGUAGAAUUCAACAUCUUUGAUUCUACCGAAAGACAGAUUAAAGAUCAAUCUCUUUGUUCUUUAAAUGUUUUUGAACCACCGCCAACACUAAAUAUUUUUGUUACAGAGGAAACAAAAAAAUUCUCAAUUUUUAAUAAAAUAAAAAUUGAGCCAAAAAAAUCUAUUUUGAAAAAAGAAGAAUUUGAAAAGUCGCCUCAGUGCGAGUUAACACCACCGACACUUGAGGUGUUGACAAAGAAGAAAAUUCGGCCUUACUGGAAAAGGUCGAAGAAAAAAGCUGAAAUAUGGCCAAACAUGGCCUUUGAAAAUGAAACGAGGGAUGCUCACGAUUCCACUUAAAACAGAAAAUAAAAUAAAAAUAACGUCGUGCCGCGACAUUAAAUCAAGCGCUUCUUGGGAGGCAACCCAAAUUUUUAUUUUAAUUAUUCCCAUUUUCAGUUGUGUGUGUUAAAUUAAGAAUUUGUGUUUUUUUUAUUAUUUUCAAAAAAAAAAUGAACUGGGAUUGGACCCGGCCGGGUAUAAACCCCAACCCGGUCGGGUUACUUCUAAAAACAAAACACCCGGGCAACCACCCGGGCGAGGCGAGAGCAAAACAAACAUUAAUUAUGCGCCCGACCGGGUAGACUUUUAUACCCGGCCGGGCAAACCAGCUAAACCUUUCUGCCUCGGGUGAACAGUUUACACCCGACCGGGUAGACCACUUCACCCGGCCGGGCCAUCCAACAAAAAACAUUCUGCCUCGGGUAAAUAGCGCACACCCGACCGGGUAAACUACCCCACCCGACCGGGCGAACGGGAAAAAGAACUAUACCAGGUCGGGCUCACCCCCUUCCCCUCCCAUUUCUUCUUCCUCCCAACACCCAAAAUACCCAAAUUCCACCAUUUUCAAACAACCCAACCUUCGAAUCUCCCCAUUUCCUUAACCAAAUCCACUAAAAAACCUGAUUUUCUUCAUCUUUCACUUCCCUCUUCAACCCUAUACCCAUAAAAUCCCCCAAAACCUUCCAAAUCAAGCAAACCCAAAAACUCUACCCAAAAAUUCGAAAAUCCCCAUUAUUGGACAUUCAAGGUCCGAAAUCUUCCCAACAAUCCUCAACCAAUACCAUAUUCUUACUCUCCUCACCAUCCUCUUCAACCCCAUACCCAUAAAGGCCAUCCAAAUCCCACCCUACCCCAAAGUCCGAAAAUCCCCUUAAAAAAACAAAAAAAAAUCAAUUCCCAUGGCUCCAAAAAAAUCCAAAGCUUCUUCUUCAAGGGCAAUCCCACCGGUAGCGGGCUAUGAAAGCGUGGAAUUUGCAACGGAGGCACAAAAGCGACUCUUCGAGGGACAAGCACAAAGGGAGGUAAAACAAUCCCGAUUCAUGUGCAUUACUACUCUAGCCUUCCUUUGGAUUGAUGUGAUCAUGCGUGAUAUAUUUGCAAGAAUUGGAAUGACUAGGUUGCUAGAAAUGAAAUAUGUGACUUAUCCUCAUUUGGUUUAUGAAUUCUUUAGUUCAUAUGUGUAUACAAAGGAUGAUGAUGAUCAUGCAAAUGACACCAUCACCUUUCGUUUACUCAAUGAAAAUCGUUCAUUGACCAAAAGAGAAUUUGCACAUCAUUUUGGCCUCCCUCUGUUUGAUGAAGCUCGUGCUUAUGAUACGCUUGUGGGGUACGAGUUAUGGAAAAGAAUGACAGGACAAGGUGUGGUUGACCUUUCUAAGUUGAGUGUGAACUGUGUUCAACACCCGGUCUUCCGUAUUUUCCUAAAAUUCUGUUCAAAUUGUUUCCUCGGAAGACCGAACAAUCACCACACAAGAAUGUGGGAUGUGUGUGUUCUGGCACAAGCUGUUUUACCUGGACCAGAACCAGUUGACGUUGCCUCUAUCUUAUGGACCCAUUUAAAAAUGUGGCAACGUCAUCCGAACAAAUUGUGAUAGGGGGCCUAAUCACACAUCUAGCCACUUUAUAUGGCUUUGUAGACCUAGGCCCCAUUACCCCGAAACAGCUCAUUUGCACGUCAUGGCUUGUGCAAAAGACCAAAGAUUUGGCUCUAUCUCACAUGACACCUACUGGGACACCAAUCUACAACUGGUUUAUCAUCCCACGUCAAAACAUAACUAUCCAUAUCCCGUCCCCUGACGUCCCCCUAGAUAUCGUGGGCCAUGAAAUCGGUGAUGGUCAUCACUAUUGUCUCCCCGGGGCAAUCCCGGCACACUAUGCACAAGAUGAACCUGAUCAAGAACAUGCUGAAGAAAACCCACCCUUGAUACCUAACCCACCACAACACUAACCUGAUGCUCCGGCCUACCAAUACUCACCAUUCGAGCAACAGAUGCUCAAUAACAUGAACAUGAUCAACAAUAACUACAUCCAGCUUCAAGAGCGAGGUUAUCAGUAUAGAACUGAACGGAGGCAUAGCUUUGAGAGGUUGGAGGAACAACGACAGGAAGACUGGCGGAGAUACGAAGAGGACCAACGGCGAACCUUUGGUCUUAUAUACUCCUAUGUAGCACACCAGGGCUCCUUUUCCUCUAUGACCACUCCACCUCCUGCACCAUCAUGGUAUGACCCCUCUCAGUGGGGUUUCUUUGGAGGAUCGAGUUCCGGUGGUGGAGGCGACGAUGGUGGUUAUGGCGGGGAUCACAUGGAUGAGGACAGACACCAAGGUGGAGGUCUAGGCGGACACUAGGGGUAGUGCCAUGAACUAGCUGGGGGGGAGAACUAUUCUGGAUCCUAAGGGUACACAUAAGGAGCAAAAGAAGAGGAACCCAAUGAUGCUGAAGACCUUUUAUUCAUGUGUUUUGAUCAUUGAAACAUUCUUUUAUGUUAAUUUUCAAAAACACUUGUGAAUUGUUGUAAUUGCUAUAAUUGUGGGGGUGGAAACCUCAUGGACAGGAUUUGUUUUACUCGAGACGAGUAAAAGUUCAAGUGCGGGGGUGUUUGAUAGGCACUAGUUGUUAGUGCCUAAGUGUACAUUUUUAUUAUCAUUUGUAAUAUCUAUUUACUAGUAUUGUGCAAGUUUAUAGUUGUUAGUUUGCAUUUGAUUGUAAUCGUAUUUCUAGCAUUUUAUUGUUUGUUGUAAGUUGUAGUUAGUUUGGCUAUAAGUUUAGGAUAGGUUUGGAAGCAAAAAGGAUGAAGAAACCUGAGUUUUGUGCAAAACCCGGUCGGGUAUGGACUAUACCCGGCCGGGUAUGAAGUGACAAAGGAAACUGCUGCAAAACUAGCAAAUACCCGGUCUGGUCGGGUAUCCCAUAUACCCGGUCGGGUAUUCUGUGAUUUCGGACCAAGGAACGUGCAGAAGACACAAAAACAUGGGAAAAUAUUUGAUUUGGUAAAUACCCGGUCGGACAUGUCAAAAUACCCGGCCGGGUAUCCGGCAUUAGGUGUUGAAAACACCUAUAAAUAGCCCCAUUUUCCUUCACAUUUCAUCAAUCCCUUCUUCCAUUCUCUUUAGCUCAGUUUAGAAUAGCAGUUCUUUAUAUUUUUCUAGCUAUGUUUAGUCUCCAAAUGAGGAGCUAAACUUCCAUUCUUGGUGUUGCCCUUGAAGCUUGUUGAUUAUUAAAGUUGUGAGUUAUUUUCUUAACUUCUUUCCUUGAAUAUUAAUUAAUAGUUCUUUCCUUAAUACCAUCUCUAUAUUAAUGUUGGGGAGUGUUGCUAAGAUGACAAUUAGUUAACAUCUCGACAUUAGUUAGAAUGGUAUUUUCUUCCUCUAUAUUAAUAUUGGGGAGUGUUGCUAAGAUGACAAUUAGUUAACAUUUUGAUAUUAAUUAUAGUAGGAUUCAUCUUCUUUAAUAAUAUUCUUCCUUGAAUAUCA